AUGUUAUUGAGGAGUAUAUUGGUGACUGCUGCGUCGAUAGCUUCAGUAUCUGCCGCACCGUACUGGAAAAGAGAUGUCGCCUUUGACUUCAGCUCGCAGAAGGUCCAUGGCACAAAUCUCGGCGGCUGGCUGGUAUUAGAACCAUGGAUCACUCCUUCAAUCUUCCAAGCCCAAGACGGCUCGGUUGUGGAUGAAUAUACCCUCACGCAGAAAGUGCCAGAUGCGGGCAGUAUUCUACGGAGACAUUGGGAUACUUGGGUAUCAUUAGCAGACUUCCAGAGAAUCGCCGGAGCUGGCUUCAAUACUGUCCGAAUACCGAUUGGAUAUUGGGCUUUCGAGAAAUAUCCCGGUGACCCCUAUAUCAUGGGAGCACAAGACUAUCUUGACAAAGCCAUCGAUUGGGCUCGGCAGACUGGCCUGAAGGUCUGGAUUGAUUUACAUGGAGCACCUCUCUCUCAGAACGGUUUCGACAACUCCGGCCAGCGAACCAGCACCCCCGCAUGGACAUCUGGCGAUACCGCCACCUUCACCAACAAUGUCAUAGCCCAAAUUGCCAACAAAUACGCCGUUCAGUCCUACCAAGAUGUCGUCGUCGCCAUCCAACUCCUCAACGAACCCCUUCUCACCAACAUUCCCGGCGGCCGUACCGCCACCGAACAAUACUACCGCGAGGGCUUCAACAACGUUCGGAAAGUAAGCAACACCCCUGUCGUCUUCCACGACGGGUUCGCCCCCCCACAAAGCUGGAACGGAUUCCUCAGUCCCACCGACAACAAUGCCCAAAAUGUCGUCGUAGACCAUCACGAAUAUCAAAUCUUCAACAACGACUUCGCCGCCAUGCAGCCCUACGAACACAGACAGUUCGUCUGCAACAACGUCGCCUCCUAUAGCCAAAACCGCGAUAAAUGGCUCGUGAUCGGUGAAUGGACCGCUGCGAUGACGGACUGCGCCGCUGCGCUCAACGGGUAUGGUAUCGGCGCUCGCUACGACGGUACCUUCCCCGGCUCCACCAGACGCGGGUCCUGCGAGAAUGUCAACUUCAUCGAGACGUGGAGUCAGACAUUCAAGGAUGACAUGCGUCAAUACGUCGAGGCGCAAUUGGAUGUCUUUGAGCUGUACAGCCAGGGGUGGAUCUUUUGGAACUUCAAGACCGAGGCCAGUCCCGAGUGGGAUCUGUAUCGGCUUUUGGAUGUGGGUGUGUUUCCACAGCCGUUGAGCGAUAGGAGGUUUGGAAGGGCUUGCUCUUUCUAG